UUUAACCUGCAGUCCAACAAUACAGAGUUAAGUACAUAUACUGUACGCUAUUUUCAGGCGAACAUUAGCUGGCAGUGUAGUAAACUAAUCAGUGGAGCAAACAUAAACAGCAGCUUUGUUAUUUCAGCAGAUCCGGUUUUUCUUUAAGGAACGAAAACAGACGAUUUCUGAAAUGUCUUCAGACGAAGACAGGGCCAAGGAAAUUUUGAAGGGCUUCAAACUAAACUGGAUGAACCUUCGAGAUGCAGAAACGGGCAAAGUGCUGUGGCAGGGAACUGAAGACCUCUCUGUACCAGGAGUAGAACAUGAAGCUCGCGUCCCAAAGAAGAUCCUGAAGUGUAAAGCAGUGUCCAGAGAACUGAACUUUUCCUCCUCAGAGAAACUGGAGAAGUUCAGGCUGGAGCAGAAAGUUUUCUUCAAAGGACAGUGUCUAGAAGAAUGGUUCUUUGAGUUUGGUUUUGUUAUCCCCAACUCCACCAACACAUGGCAGUCUCUGAUAGAAGCAGCCCCAGAAUCCCAGAUGAUGCCAGCCAACGUUUUAACUGGUAAUGUGAUCAUAGAGACCAAGUUCUAUGAUGAUGACCUCCAUGUCAGCACCUCAAGGGUACGACUCUUCUACGUUUGACCUCUGGCCCCUGGCUACACCUUCCGAUGCUGAUGUCCUGCCAAGGUCUAUAAAUUACCAAGUUUAGCUACAUUUUGCAGCAGUAAACAGCUCAUUGCUGACUUGGGAUCAGCACAUUUGGGUGAGACCCAGCUGUGACCCCACAGUCAGUGAAGUAAGCCUUUUAUUUGGUUGUUUUCUUGUUUUGUGUUGACCUGAAAACUUUUAGACCUUGGGAGGAGAGGGAGGAUGAUGAGAGAGAACUCUGUUGUUUCCUCUGUUCCAAGAUCAACUCUCUGCAUUUUCCCCCACAGACUGUUUCACUGUAAAUACAUUACCACUGAUCUUAAGUCAGCCAGGAAGCCACUCUGUAAAUGACACAAUUUGUGCUUUUUUAAAAAAGUCUGCCCUUUCUCACUCCAAGGUUGCUUUUACUCAGGAACAGAACACCAGUGUUGUAACCAUCUGUGAUCUGAUGUUCUCCUUUUUGCCUGAACAUGGAAACAUGAGCUGCACGUCAUUGUCAAGGGAAGAUGCAGCUCAGUGUGUCUUCAGAACUAUGCUCAAGAUGUCAUAAUAAAACAAUAUUUCCUCUAGUUGUGUCCCAUUCCAGAACCAUCUCCUGGCAGUCCACAUUUCCUGACAGAGUACAUCAUCAGUGGUAAAUAACACUGUCAGGUUCUAAAGACCUAAGAUAUUCAGCCUUUUAUUAUAAAUUCCUAAGUCAUGUGGAUAUAUCUGAGCAUUUAAAUUUUUUCAGCCAGCAACUGUAUUCUGAUAUUCCCACUCGUACAAGUUGACAAGGAUUGCAUGAGUGCACUGUUAAUAGUGGUCUCUGUGAGGCCUAGUUCUGGAGCUGCUGAUGUAACUGUAAUCCUCUAAAGGACACACCUAAGCAGGCAACUUCUGCAGUGGGACACAGUUUCUAGCAACCAAACAUGUUCUGUUUUCUGACUACAUGAACUAGUGUCGAACAGUGAUUUUUAGUGUAGUAAGAUGGAUGACCAAGCGCCUGUUUUUAUUCCAGUCCACCACCAAAGCUGCUGGUUUAACUGGAUUGCUUCUUGUCUGUAGUGUUUGGAAUGAAAACUUGCACAUUGCUGUCAUGAUGACACAUUUGGUAUUUGAGGGACGUUCAUCAGCAAAUAGGAGAGAGUUUUAUUACAUUCAUUUAUGUGCUUGUAAUUUACCUUCAGAGGUGUAAUUAAUUAAAAUAUUCCAUUUUCAAUUAAAUCAUAAUCGGGUGCUGACCAAGACAUGCAUCAUGUAUUCUCAGUAAUUCACCUGUUCUGCAAUUUUAUCCAGAGCUUAACAGCUGCUUAAGGUGUUAAAUUCUGCUUUUCUCUGCUCUGUACAUCCUGGCUAGACUUUUAACUUUGGCUUCCCAUCCAAUUCAUCACAGUCAUGUCAUUGUUUGUUUUUUCUUAGCUGCUAACUGAGCUGUAUAAAAUAGACUUGUGUUUUAAUAUUACAGGACUUGUGGAUUAAAAUCAUCCAAUGUUG